CAAGCCAUAGACGUGCCACCUUCGUGCCCACAAACAGUUAUGAUCUCCAAUACUCAACUGCAGCUGCAUGCGCCAAAAAACAAAAUAAUAAUAAUAAAAUCUUGUGAACAUUGUCUACUGGUUCUUCCUUGCUGUCAGAAGUCCUGCAAAGCAAAAUCCAAAGUGGCCAUUACAGAAUUCGGUAGCCGGAAUAAAACGAUGUCGUUUGCUUGUUGGAGUGUCGCACUGACACUCCCACCCACCACACAGUUCUUCUCCUCUUCCAGAUAUAGAAGUGGGUUUUGGUGCAGAGCUGAAGGUCUAGCAGACCAUGCCAAUGGAGGUCCCGUCAUCAAGAAGAAGAAGGUUGUCGUUGUUGGCUCUGGCUGGGCUGGUCUUGGUGCAGCUCAUCAUCUCUGUAAGCAGGGUUUCGAUGUCACGGUUCUUGAAGGCGGUGAUGAUUUUGGUGGCCUGGACGACGUGGGUAUCCGUGGUUAUGGUUAUCCCUACAAGAAUAUUUUUAGCCUUGUAGAUGAGUUGGGUAUCAAACCCUUCACGAACUGGACAAAAUCUGCACAAUAUUCUGAAGAAGGAUUGCAGGUUGAGUUUCCAAUAUUCCAAGACCAGCCUCAAUUGCCUGCUCCAUUGGGCUCCUUACUUUAUACACAACUUGUUCAGCUCCCAUUGGUGGAUAAACUAACAUUACUUCCUUUAGUGAUUGCAGCAAUUGACUUCGACAACACAGAUACAGCUUGGAGAAAGUAUGAUUCAAUUACUGCAAGGGAGCUUUUCAAGCAAUUUAGCUGCUCGGAGAGGCUUUAUAAGAAUGUCAUUGGCCCAUUGCUUCAAGUGGGUCUGUUUGCUCCAGGAGAACAAUGUAGUGCUGCUGCAGUUCUGGGAGUGCUAAACUACAUCUUUGCUCACCAGAAGGAUUUCGAUUUGGUUUGGUGUCGUGGGACAGCUAGAGAAGUUAUUUUCACACCAUGGAUGGACUCCCUGAGGGCUAAAGGUUGUAAAUUUUUGGAGGGUGGAAGAGUAACGGAUUUCUUCAUCAACAAUGAUACUGGAAAUGUUUCAGAAGUAAUUUCUAAUAGGGAAACUCAUAAUGCUGAUGCCGUCAUCUUAGCUGUUGGAAUAUCCACCCUUCAAGAUCUUGUUAAGAAUAGUGCAGUACUAUCUACAAGAGAGGAGUUUCUCAAGGUUUUGAACUUGGGUAGCAUUGAUGUACUAACUAUCAAACUUUGGCUCGAUAGGCAGGUUAACAUUCCAACUGCUAGCAAUGCUUGCUCAGGAUUUGACGAUUCAUUUGGAUGGACUUUCUUCCAUUUGAAUGCAAUUCAUGAUGAGUAUAAAGAUAAUCCAGUUACAGUAUUACAGGCUGAUUUUUAUCAUGCCAGCGAGUUUUUGCCACAGAAUGACGAGCAAUUAGUCACAAAGGUGAUAUGUUACCUUACAAAGUGUAUCAAGGACUUCGAGAAUGCUGUUGUGAUGGAUAGGGAGAUUAAAAAAUAUCCAAAAUCCUUGACUCACUUCUUUCCAGGUUCGUAUAAGAACAUGGUACGUGGAUCAACAUCAUUUCCAAACUUAUUCAUGGCUGGAGACUGGAUCAUAAACCGACAUGGUUCAUGGUCACAGGAAAAAUCAUAUAUCACAGGACUUGAAGCUGCCAACCGGGUGGUCGACUAUCUUGAACAAGGAAGCUUUGCUAAAAUAAUACCUGUUGAGGGAGAUGAACCUCACAUCCAAACACUUCGCAGCCUCAACAGAAGCUUUAAUGAGCUUAGAGCUCAACUUCCGUUGUCUGAUUAUUUCCUUUAGUCCCUUUAUGCCAUAAUUGGAACUCACAAUUCAACAGAGCAAAAGAAAAAGAAAUGUAGAAGGAUUUCAAGAUUCCAUAAUUUAAUUAAAGGUUAAAAAAAAAGAAAAAAAGAAAGAAAGAAAGGAACAUACAACAGAAAUGAUAAAGAAAAUAUGUAUAUUCUAGAAAUCGUUUCACUUUUCGUGAAUAGUGAAGAAACAAACGGCAUGGAAUUUCUUAUUUAACUCAACAAAAAUUUAAGA